GAAAUGGCAGACCAGGGCCCCCAGAGGACAGCCUAGUUCAAUCCCCUGCUGAGGAUUCGUCCUUAAGAAGCUUCAGAGUCCCCCAGGAGACUCCUUCUGGCCUCCAGGCCGAGCUGGAGCCCCCCCACCCUUCUUGCUCCGGACUGUGGUCAUCCUUUUCCAAAGCCCAGACGCCCACUCUUGAUAGACAGCCUUGUUUACCGGGACUUCCUCUCCGGAGAGGCCUGCGUGACAUACACCCUCCCUACCUCCAGUGGACUCAGAUGCUUGUCACCUCCUGGGGCUGUUUACCAGAGCCUUAACUAGGGCUGGGGGCAGCAGCCAUGCCUACCUGGGGGGCCCGCCCCGCGUCCCCAGACCGCUUUGCGGUGUCUGCGGAGGCUGAGAACAAGGUUCGGGAACAGCAGCCCCAUGUGGAGCGCAUCUUCAGCGUGGGGGUGAGCGUCCUUCCGAAGGACUGUCCGGACAACCCCCACAUCUGGCUGCAGCUGGAGGGCCCCAAGGAAAACGCCAGCAGAGCCAAGGAGUACCUGAAGGGCCUCUGCAGCCCAGAACUGCAGGAUGAAAUCCACUACCCGCCCAAACUGCACUGCAUCUUUCUGGGAGCCCAGGGCUUCUUCCUUGACUGCCUGGCCUGGAGCACGUCAGCCCAUCUGGUGCCCGGGGCGCCAGGCUCACUGAUGAUCAGUGGCCUGACUGAAGCCUUUGUCAUGGCUCAGAGCCGGGUAGAAGAGCUGGCAGAGCGGCUGAGCUGGGACUUCACGCCAGGACCAUCUUCCGGAGCCUCUCAGUGUACUGGAGUGCUGAGAGACUUCUCUGCCCUGCUGCAGUCCCCGGGGGAUGCCCAUAGAGAGGCUCUGUUGCAGUUGCCCCUGGCUGUCCAGGAGGAGCUGCUGAGUCUGGUGCAGGAGGCGUCUAGUGGGCAGGGGCCAGGAGCACUGGCUUCUUGGGAGGGGCGGAGCUCAGGCUUGCUGGGUGCUCAGUGCCAAGGAGUGAGAGCUCCCCCUAGUGACGGCAGGGAGUCCCUGGACACUGGAUCUAUGGGACCCGGAGAUUCCAGGGGAGCAAGGGGAGACACUUACGCUGUGGAGAAGGAGGGAGGGAAACAGGGUGGUCCCAGGGAGGUGGAUUUGGGGUGGAAGGAGUUGCCUGGGGAAGAGGCGUGGGAGAGAGAAGUGGCCCUCAGGCCACAGUCAGUGGGCGGAGGGGCAAGGGAGUCAGCACCCCUGAAAGGGAAGGCCCUGGGGAAGGAGGAGAUAACUCUGGGAGGAGGAGGGUUCUGUGUCCACCGUGAGCCUCCUGGUGCCCAUGGCUCCUGUCACAGGGCAGCUCAGUCCCGAGGAGCCUCCCUCCUCCAGCGGCUCCACAAUGGGAAUGCCUCUCCUCCGAGGGUGCCCAGCCCUCCACCUGCACCGGAACCCCCAUGGCACUGUGGAGACCGGGGUGACUGCGGAGACCGGGGAGACGUGGGGGACAGGGGAGACAAGCAGCAGGGCAUGGCACGGGGUCGGGGGCCUCAAUGGAAACGAGGCACCCGAGGGGGCAACUUGGUGACUGGCACACAGCGUUUCAAGGAGGCCCUGCAGGAUCCUUUCACCCUGUGCCUUGCCAAUGUGCCUGGCCAGCCAGACCUCCGCCAUAUUGUCAUUGACGGCAGCAACGUGGCCAUGGUGCAUGGCCUCCAGCACUACUUCUCCAGCCGGGGCAUUGCCAUUGCUGUGCAGUACUUCUGGGACCGUGGUCACCGUGACAUAACUGUCUUUGUGCCUCAGUGGCGCUUCAGUAAGGAUGCCAAAGUCAGAGAGAGUCACUUCCUGCAAAAGCUGUAUUCUCUCAGCCUGCUCUCCCUCACACCCUCACGAGUCAUGGAUGGCAAGAGGAUCUCCUCCUAUGAUGACAGGUUCAUGGUGAAGCUGGCUGAAGAGACAGAUGGGAUAAUUGUCUCCAAUGACCAGUUCCGGGACCUGGCGGAGGAGUCUGAGAAGUGGAUGGCAAUCAUCAGAGAACGCCUGCUGCCCUUUACCUUUGUGGGAAACCUCUUCAUGGUACCUGAUGACCCACUGGGGCGAAACGGCCCCACCCUGGAUGAAUUUCUGAAGAAGCCAGCCAGGACGCAGGGGUCUUCUAAGGCUCAGCAUCCUUCCAGGGGCUUUGCAGAACAUGGUAAACAGCAGCAGGGGAGAGAAGAGGAAAAAGGUAGUGGUGGCAUUCGGAAGACCCGGGAAACAGAGCGGCUCCGGCGGCAGCUGCUGGAGGUGUUUUGGGGUCAGGAUCACAAAGUGGACUUCAUCCUGCAGCGGGAGCCAUACUGCCGGGACAUCAACCAACUGUCUGAGGCCCUGCUCAGUCUUAACUUUUGAGCCUCACCUGCUUGAGUGGCUGCCGCCCUGUCAGCUCCAGCCGCCUCCAGCUCAGCCCUUUCUGUGAGAGUCCCUUUGCUGCUCACUCUGAUCCAGAGGCACCCUGAGUUGGUGCUUUGGAUCAGGGAAGCCACUUUGGGACAGGUCCAUAAAGUGAACUGAUCUUACCGAGUCAGGACCUCAGCCAGAUCUCAAGAGGUUCUGCUCAGCCUUAACUUCUCAACUUUGCCUUAGCACAGGGUUUCUGUAGGGAGUGGGGGCUGCUAGAGAGGAUUCGUUCUGGAGACUGAGACUGUUGGCUCCACCUCCAAGCUGAGCUAGGGUGGAGGGCAGGGUGGGCAGGAAGUGACAGGAAGUUAAGCUGUUCCUCUCCCUGGCUGCUGCUCUGGAUGGCCAGAGAACAAGAUGCUCCCUUGCUGAGCUCCUGGGAGCGUGGAAGGAGAUGCUAGGCCCUGGCACAGUGUUAUGUGGACUGGGCCACGAUAGGGUGGAGUGAGCUAGUGAAGAAGGCAGAGGGAGACUUGGCUUCUGGUCUCAGCUAUGCCUGUUUGUGACCUUGAUUGAGUUGCUUGGGCUUUACUUCUGCCUACAAAUCAGGGGUAAAAAUACCUGUUGGGAGGAGAAAUGAGAACAUAGAGGAAAGCUUCUUGGAGGAAAGGUGCUUGGACCAAGUCUCAGGUGUGUCUGCCUGUGGCUGCACAGGCUCUCUAACCGAAACCUCACUUUCAGAGAGAUGUGGGUCCUUUGUCUCCAGGAUCCACACCCUAGAUUUUAACACUGCAUUCUCACUAUAACAUGCCCUAUAAUGGCUGCAUCCCUUUUGAGCAACCUCCAAAAUCUACAUUUACACAAUAGGUAAAUUAGGGAUGACUGCAUUAUCAAAAUACUCUCAGGGUUCCUAUAAAUGGCAGCUCUCCUGUUGUAUUCAAGUGUUUGUUUACAGACUAACAAAUGUGUUGGCAAAUCCCUGGUUAGAUGCACUUCCUGGUGUUGAGAUGAACACGUCGAUUUUUCACCAAAUCGAUGAAGCCAUGCUCUGCAAUGACAAUAUUAAUGUGAUCCGACCCUAACAUUUUCUCUAUGGAAGACAUAUGUUGCAUAAAGCAAGGCACACUUCUGCUUUA